CCAUACCGUCAGUUGGCGUAUGAUAACAAUAAACAACCCCCUGAAAGAAGAGAAAGACACUAGCCACCAGGACCUUUCGCUCCAUUGCGACCCAAAACGCGUCGAAAACAUGAGCCAACAAGGUGACGGACUGACGACCUAGCGAGCGAGUCGUAGUCUCGGGGGAAGUCUCGUAACUCACAAAGGAUAUCUUUUUUUCCCCCCUCGAGUUUUUAUGUCGCGCCAGGGAGAAGUGUAGUUACAGUUUUCCCUGCCAUAGCCCCCCGCAGCUAGCUGCGACUCAUUCCUGCUUCUGCUUCCUCUCGCGUUCGCCUGUUAUGCAGUUUCCCGAGGACUGCGGUCGUACUCGAUCUCCGCCGCCACUUCUCGCUCCCUCUCCCCCGUUCUCGUUGGGCCCAUGUCUCACUGGCUCUUCCCCUGGUCGGGCUCCAUCAAGAAGCGGGCCUGUCGGUAUCUCCUCCAGCACUACCUCGGCCACUUUUUGCAGGAGCGCCUGAGCUUGGAGCAACUGGGCUUGGACCUGUACAAUGGCAGCGGGGUCAUCAAAGAGAUCAACCUCGACGUGUGGGCUGUCAAUGAGCUUCUGGAGAACCUGGGUGCUCCACUGGAGAUAGUGGAUGGCUUUGUGAGCAGCAUCACGGUGACCAUCCCCUGGCAAGCUCUGCUCACAGACCACUGCACCUUGGAAGUGUCCGGCCUCCAGAUAACAUGCAGACCCAAGUACAGAAUCGGUGGCGGCUGGGACUCGCAAAGCUGGUCAUCCAGCAUGACCUCCAGUAUGCAGCUGGCCCAGGAGUGCCUGAAGGACCCCCCGGAGACGUCCGAAGAGCCGCCGGCCCCGCUUGAGGGGCUGGAGAUGUUUGCACAAACCAUAGAGACGGUCCUUCGUCGUAUUAAAGUGACGCUCCUGGACACCAUCGUACGCAUUGAGCACCAGCCCCUGGAUCUGGAAACAGGCAUUGCCUUAGAGGUGCACAUCAAACGGUUGGAGUACUUUGACGAGGCGGUGCGCGACCCAUCCAACCAGACUGCCGUGCCUGUUGACAUCCACCAGCCACCCGCCUUCCUGCAAAAGAUCCUCCAGUUGAGUGCCGUUCAGCUCCUCUACGACUGCAUUGGCACGGAGCAGGAAGUUCCUGAGGAGAAAAAGACGGAGUCAGCCACUUGCAGUGAGGGAGAGAAGGAGCAGGAGGAAAAUGACGAUGAUGAGCAAGUUGAAGAAAAAGGGAAGCCUCUGACGCUUUCCCCAUCUCAGCCCUUGCUUAUAGGCAGCUGCUCAGGUUUCAUCGAGACCACAAUCAAGAUUAAGCAGAACGACAUGUUGCCUGGACCAAAGUUUGAGUUGGAUGGGAAGGUGGGCUGUGUCCACAUGCUGCUGUCUCCAGCUCAGAUAACUCACCUGACUGACCUGCUGGCAGCUCUUUGCAUAGAAACAGAGUCCGAGACCAAACUGGGUGGCGUGCGCAACCGCCCGCUAGACUCGGACGACCUGCGUCUGAUCGAAGAAGACCUCAGCAAGCAGUUGGGCUCCAGUCCCAGAGAGACGGACUGGGAUGCAGAGUGCGACCUGGAGCCCUAUGUCACCACUCUGGAAAAUGGAGAAAUGUUCUAUUCUAUGGGUCCCGCGGGGAUGAGCAGCAGUGUGACGUCGAUGCGCUCUGGCAGCGAGUUGUCAGACAGUGAUAUGGACUCUUCCACGCACAGUCUGGCGAGCCUCUCUCAACCUGGAGCGCUGGCUGCACAGGGCCUCAUGAGCUGUCCCAGGCGUUACCCAGUAGCAGGUUGUCUCUCCAGUCUACCACAAGGAAGUCAUCGAAUCAGAGGUCGUUCUCAAAGUAGCAAUGCUGAGCAGCUGAAGCCCGACGCCUUGCUUCGUCUGACUUUGGGCGGACUCACUCUAACCAUGCUGCAGGACGACCCGCCCUCCAAGCCGGACAACGCCCUUUCAUUGGCUCAGAUGUCCCAGGUUUUCUUCCAAGAGCUUGCCUCCUUUAAGGACAGCAUGUUCGGCGAGAGAGACUUUCACCACCUAAGAAGCGGGUUCGCCAAAGCCUGCCCUCACUCGCACGUCAGAGUGACGGGGGCAGCGGUGCAGGUUUCCUGUGAGAUGCGAAGCGGGAGACGCCACAGUCGAGCGGUGACCUCCGACGUCUCCUUCAGCAGACUAGAAAUGUUGGAGUGUCUCUGGGAGAACAACAAGCCUCAGUACAGUGAGUUGCUCCAAUUCCAGAAAGCCAGCAUGUUCACUGUGGGAGUCGCAGCCAGACCGUGUGCCCAGCUGCACUACAGCCUCACUGAGAAACACCUGAGGAAGGGUAAACAGCGGGUGGUUCGGUGUGACAGCGUGGCACGAGUGGAGCUGGAAGAUCUCAGCACCGAGUUGGACCUGGACAUCAUCAGUCGACUGGGGAAUCUGAACAAUGCCUUCCGUCGCUGUCCUGCGGAGCCAGCUGGACCCGAUAACCUCCAGAUGCGGAGCAGUGAGCUGUACUCCUCUUUCUCCCUCCUCGCCCCGCACGCCGUCAUCAGACUUCGUUUCCCCAUUCCGGACCUGCGCCCCCUCUCUGAGCGCCAGCCCAUGAGCCAGAGGGCGGUGAGGGAGGAGACACUGGUGUUGGAGCUGACCGAGCUGGAGCUCAGGCACCAGGAAGCGCCGGACCUCCAGAGCGGGCAGCCCAACCAGGGUCAGCUUUCGGCCCCCUGCCUCACUCAGCUGCUGGAAGCCUCCUUUACAGACCUUCAUGGGUCGUACGAGGGCUGGGAGGGAGGCCCCUUCCCCUGCAUCAGAGUGAAGAGGAGCCAUGACUCUCUGCCCAGGCUAUCCGUACGGGUGCGUGGAGGUGAAGCGCAGGGAGCGGCCGUGGGUCUGGCAGGCCUGAACCUGGGCCUCGCCCAAGACCUGGGGGCUGCCUUCUUUGAAAGCCACUGUGAGCUCAACGAUAAAACAAGCUCGCCGUUCUCCUCCAACCGCACCAUGUUCGAGACGGAGGAGAUGGUGAUCCCUGCAGACCCCGAGGAGAUGAGUCAGUUUCAGGCCCAAUGUGUAGCCCAGUCUCAGUGUGCUGUGGACAUUCGGUUUCCACUGGCCUACGUCCUUUUUCCCAGCAAGCAAGCGUUCCAAAGCAUCUACAACAGGAUUAACAAUGAUCUGCUGAUGUGGGAGCCGCCUCCCCCCACCCCAUCCUCAGCCCACAGCCCCAUGCCCAGUCACCAACAGCACGACGAGUUCCAACUCUGCAAGUCGGCCUUUCGACUUGACUCCGACUCAGAAGAAGAUGAGCCUCAGUUCUAUUUGGCCAGUGAACCAUCAGGAAGGAGAAAGUUAGCGCUCCAGCAUAAUCCGAACCACAACCUCAGCCUCCUCUCGCUCACUGUCAACAUUGGCAAAGGUCGCCUCCAAGCCAGGACAGACAAGAAGGAGGACCAGAGUCAUGGAGAAAUUGUGCUCGACCUGGAAGGAGGGAAGAUGUUCAGUGUAGCGCAGCACCAGAAUGACCCCAAUCUCAGUUUCUUGUGUUUGGAGAGUCAACGAGUUGAGCUCUACCAUAAAGCUGUCGUGAAAGACACGGCUAUUCCGCUACGGAUAGAAAUGCCCAACUUCAUUUCCCCAAAGUACUUGCACCCAACCAUCUACCCCACUGAGGUGGGAGUCAGCAGCGUGAGCGGCCGGGAGGCGGAGCCACAGAUGUUGUCCACGGCCAUCAAAAUCACUCUGGACCCGCUGAGGAAGGUCAAGGAAUUCCUUGUUGCCCUUCGACUUCAGGGCGCCACCAUGCGGCAUUACGUGGCGCAGACCAAUCACAGUUGGCAUGAGCAGUUGGUUGACUUUCUGGAUGUCAUUGAUGACCCGAUUUUGGGAUACACUGCACCCGCUGUCAUUACCGUCCUCCACACGCAUCUGGCUACAUGUGCAGUUGACUACAGGCCACUCUAUUUGCCUCUACGGAUGUUGCUCACAGCAGAGUCCUUCUCCCUGUCCAGUAAUAUCAUUGUAGACACAGCCACCUUUCACCUCAGAUUCAUCUUGGAUGACUCCGCCCUCUACCUCUCUGACAAAUGUGAUAGCGAUGUAGUGGACCUGAGGAAGGACUAUAUUUGUGUUUUGGACAUGGACCUGCUAGAGCUUGCCAUCACGACGUGGAAAGGCAGCGACACGGGCAAGCUGGCCCAACCUUUGUUUGAGCUGCGAUGUUCCAACAAUGUAGUUCAUGUCCACGCGUGUGCCGAUUCGUGCGCCGCCCUGGUCAACAUACUGCAGUACCUCGUCUCCCAGGGUGACCUGCAUCCACCGCCCCGACACACCUCCCCUACGGAAAUAGCCGGCCAGAAACUACCGCUUUCUGAGAGCCCCGCGUCUGUGCUGCCAUGCCCUGCUGCUGAAACCGCUGAGAUUAACCAGUGUGAUCUGACUGAUGCCUUAAUAGACACCGACAAGAGCCACCAAGAAGAGAGAAUAGAUCCAGGCUCGCCCUCCAUGCCGAGAGGAUCGCCCGUCUCCGUCUACUUGUUCCCUGGCGAGGGCUCCAGACAUGAUCUCUCUGUGCUGGAGGAGGAGGAGGAGCUCGACAUUCAGGUCACCACGGCAACCGAGGCGCAGGCUGAUAUGAUGGAAGACGAAAGUUCGGAGGGUUCCACUGACAACGAUGACUUCUGCAUCCUGGAGGCUCCUGGCAUGGGCAUUGCUCCUAGAGACGGCGAACCCGUGGUGACGGUGUUGGUCGAGGGUCCCAUCCACGUGAAGGACAGCCACUUCUCCAGGCCGCGAGGAAGCUCCGACCUGCUUCGCGCUCCCAGCCGCUUCCCCGUACCACAAAGCCGGGUGGUGCUGCGGGAGAUCUCUGUGGUGUGGCAUCUCUAUGGCGGCAAAGACUUUGGUUCCAAGCUCUCGUCUAUACACAGCCAGCAUGGAAAUAGGGGUCGAUCCGUCUCGUCUGGUGCCCGAAGCUCGCCAUCUCGCUCCGCGGGUUCUUCUCGUCCCCAGAACUCGUGGCGGUGGGCUGGAGGUAGCGGCCGUCAGCAUGGACUCCUCAUGGAGAUCCAACUCACCAAGGUGUCCUUCCAGCAUGAGUCCUACCCGCUGCCGGUUGCCGGACAAGACGGUGAGACCUCUGCGUCCGUUGGGGUCAGUCCGGGAGGGGAGCAGCCCAUCUCCAGGCAGGUUUUCAUCGUCCAGGAGCUCGAGGUUCGCGACCGCCUGGCUUCCUCGCAAAUCAACAAAUUCCUUUACCUCUACACGAGCGAGAGCAUGCCCCGAAGAGCCCAUUCCAACAUGUUGACCAUAAAGGCCCUGCAAGUUUGUCCCGAGUCUGGUCUUGGCGGUCCAGAGUGUUGCCUCCGAGUCAGCCUGCUGCCACUCAGACUUAACAUUGACCAGGAUGCAUUGUUCUUCUUGAAGGACUUUUUCAGCAAUUUAGCUUGUUCUGUGAACCCCUACCACCCUGUGGAUCCCGCAUCUGAAGUGAGAGCGGAUGCCUCCCAGAAAGCGUCCGAAGAAGUGGAGACAGGCGGCGCUUUGGGAUUGGAUCUCACGUCUUCAGUAGAAACUACUCACAGCGAGCAGAGCUCCUCCUCAGUCGGCUCUACCUCCUCCUCCGAGCAGCCGAUCUACUUUCGCGAGUUUCGUUUCACCUCCGAAGUGCCUAUCUGGCUGGACUAUCAGGGCAAACACGUGGUCAUCGAACAGGGAACCUUUGCCGGGAUUCUGAUUGGUCUGGCUCAGUUGAAUUGUUCCGAGCUGAAGCUGAAGAGGCUCUGCUGUCGACACGGCCUGCUGGGUGUUGACAAAGUGAUCCAGUACGCUGUCAGUGAAUGGCUGGCGGACAUCAGGAAGAAUCAGCUGCCGGGCAUUCUUGGAGGCGUCGGCCCCAUGCACUCGGUUGUCCAGUUGUUCCACGGGGUGAGAGAUCUCUUCUGGCUGCCCAUUGAGCAAUACAGGAAAGACGGGCGGAUUAUCCGAGGUCUCCAGAGAGGGGCCGCCUCCUUUGGCACAUCCACAGCGUCGGCGGCAUUGGAACUCAGCAACAGGCUGGUUCAGGCCAUUCAGGCCACCGCCGAAACGGUGUACGACAUCCUGUCCCCGACGCCUCCCUUGAACCGCUACGCCGUCACAGAGGGACGGGCCCCUUCCAGUCGGCCGCGCCGCCCAGCCCAACCCGCUGACCUCCGAGAGGGCGUCGCCAAGGCGUAUGACACUGUCAGAGAGGGAGUGAUUGACACAGCUCAGACCCUUUGCGAUGUAGCAUCCCGUGGGCACGAACAGAAAGGUCUUCCCGGCGCGGUGGGCGGCGUCUUGCGGCAGAUCCCGCCCACCGUGGUGCGCCCGCUCAUAGUGGCCUCAGAAGCCACUUCUAAUCUGCUUGGCGGCAUGCGUAAUCAGAUCAAACCGGAUGCAAGGAAGGAGGACUUCUUGAAGUGGCGCACAGAGGACUGCCAAGAGUGACGGCCUUUGUGUGUGCGUGCCUGCGUGCGUGCGUGCGUGCGUACGUGUGUGUGAGAUCAGUGAGUGAAAGCAGGGUUCAAAUGUGAGUUUUUUUUGCAUUUGUGACUAAAAACAAAACAAAACAAACAACCAAAAAAAAAACAACGCAAUGACUAACACCUACUGUGACGCCUAAUGUUGUGUAUGUGGGUUACAUUGGUUGACAUAUGCAGCAGGAACUGUGAGUUUCACCUCCCCUCAGUAUUACGGCUCAUGGUUACCUUCUCUUCACUGUUUGGUUUAGCGCGCAAACAUAUCGUCAUAUUGAUCCUGCCCUUGGUUUUCUAGUUCAGUGGCAUUUCAGACAGUCGCCCAGUUCCAAAGUGCACAGGAAAGAGAUUUGGGAGACAAAACUCAUGAGAUACUACUAUAUGUCGCCUCCACAUUUUGUUGUUAUUCCGACAUGUGCCAUAAGUGAGCGGCAUACUCUUGUUUUAAUGACACAAGCUUGUGUUGCCUUGUUCAAUUCUGCACCCUAGCAAACUGAAAAGCUCAUCUUUAAUUUGCCUGACUGAAUGAACACUUGAAGCCUCUAAAAUCUUGUUGCAAACUUCAUGAAAAUGAAGUCAAAUCGCUAAUUGACUUGCUCAGUUGUGAUGUCAUCUUGUGGUUCUUCCACCUCCAUCACACUUCCUUUUUCAUAGAUUUGGAGACAAAGGUUGGUUAGGAUCUUUGUCUACACUCCUUUUUUUUUUUUAGUUUUUCCAUCUUGUGUUUUUUAUGAUUCCAUUUAAUUAAGUAUGUUUUAUUAAUUUUCAAACUGAACAAUGAUGGGAUGUCAAUGUAGACUGAGGAUAUGGAGUUUGUGGUUCUAAAAAAAAAAUAAAAUUUGCAUUUUUAUUUUUUGUUAUAGUGUACCUAUGAGCGUGGGUGUGUGUGCAUGGAGAACGUGUGACAGAGUGGGUAUCGAUGUGUGCACCUGAUGCAUGUCUGUGAGGGUGGUUAGCUUGUAAUGAGAGUAUGCUUGUAAUUGCUAUUUACUACGUAUAUCAUUAGCAGUAUGAAUGACCUGUACAGUACAAAACAAUGAUAUAUAAAAAAUAAAAACAACUUGUUUAAA